AUGACAAGUGCAUAUGAGAAAUGCACAGCCAAAGAUGGAGCUCGACCUUACAAAUGUUGCGACUACGCAAACAAAAUUUCUUCAAAUUUACAUCAUUUCAAAAAAGAUGGAAGAUUUUGUGAUAUAGAUUUAAUAUCAGGUUCCACAAGAAUUAAGGCCCAUCGGGUAGUACUAGCAGCAAGCUGUGCAUAUUUUGAUGCUAUGUUUAAUGUGGGUUUAGAAGAAACACAAAAGGGAUAUGUUGCUUUGCCAAGUGUUCCCCCUGAUAUACUUCCAAUGAUAAUUGAUUUUAUUUAUACAGGUGAAAUAGUAAUUGACAAGAGUACUGUCCAACAUUUAUUGAUUGCUGCUGAUAUGCUUCAACUAAGAGAACUUGUAACAGGAUGUGGGGAGUUCCUUAGGAGAGAAUUACACCACACAAAUGCUCUAGGAAUAUUUAGGUUUGCAGAAGCUCACAACUGCAUUGAAUUGGUAAAAGAAGCACUAGAGCAUGUUCAAGCCAACUGGAACAUAGUAUCUAAUGGUGAUGAGCUUUUAGAAUUACCAUUACCACAGCUAAUAACAUUGCUUUCUUCUGAACAAUUAAAAGUUGACAGUGAAGCUCAGGUUCUAUAUGCAGCACUACGAUGGCUAGAGCAUGAGCCAGCAUGUCGCAGACGGCACUGUUUCGAAGUACUUAGUCACGUACGACUGCCACUUAUUUCGCCACAAGUUUUAGAUCAAGCUAUCAAAAAUGUACAAGAUCCUUCUAUUGCUGUCGCUCUUAAAACAGCGAGAGUUGAUAUGAAAACUCGUCGUGGUGCCUUGGUAUCUUUGUUGGUGGAACCACGUCAGCGAGCACGGCGUAUAUUACUUCUAGCCGGAGGGUCAUGCCGAGACAAAGCUGCGCACCCACCACUAUCGACACACUACAAUCAAGACAACAUUCUCUCUUCAGUGCUAAAAUUUGAUCUACAUAAACGAGAAUGGGAGGAGCUUUCACCAAUGGGUAUAGCACGAAUCCAGCCAGGUGUGGCCACUUUAGGAGGGCGGGUUUAUGCCGUCGGGGGUGAACAAGGAAGUCAAAUACUUGCCAAUGGUGAAGUAUACGAUCCUCAGACUGAUAAAUGGUCAAAUAUUUCUCCAAUGAAAGAAGCACGAUGUGAGUUUGGUCUGACAGGUUGGAAUGGCAAUUUAUAUGCUUUUGGAGGCUGGGUGGGAUCAGACAUGGGCUCUUCUGUUGAAGUGUAUGAUCCAGUCGCAGAUGAGUGGACGUUGGUGGGUAGAAUGCCCGAGCCAAGAUUUGGAAUGGGUGUUAUUAAUUUUGAAGGUCUAAUAUACAUAGUCGGUGGAUGUACUCACACUUGGCGACACACAAGGGAUUUAUUAUGUUAUCAUCCGGCAUCUCGUAAAUGGCACUCUCUGAAACCAAUGCACCACGCUCGUAGUCAGGCUGCCGCGGUCGUUCUCGACAACUACUUGUAUGUCAUCGGCGGCAACGCGCCAAGGCGCACAGUUCUCACGUCAGUAGAACGUUACAGCUUUGAUGAGGGAAGUUGGGAAGAAGUUGCGAGUUUGAAGGAGGCCCGGGCCGGGUGUGCGGCGGGGGCGGCGGAGGGCGUGCUGGUGGUGGCGGGCGGCGACAGCGAGAGCGCGGGCGAGCGCGCCUUCUACCGCGCGCGCACCACGCUGGCCAGCGUCGAGCUGUACGAGCCGCGCGACAACGCCUGGCGCGCAGGCCCGCCGCUGCCGCACUCGCGCGCCGAGGCAGGCGCUGCCCUGCUCUGA